UCGAAAUAUAACUGAAUGUGUGACUUUAUAGUAUAUUUAAUUAGUGAUAUUAUUUUUCAGUGUUAUUUGAGUUAUUUGAACUCUCUGAGAGUUAAAGAGUAUCGUGGUGCUCGAGAUAAUUUAUAUCAUCAUUUUGAUCGCAAUACAACUCUUCCUCAAGAAUGCAAAGCAUCUGCUGCUUCUGAGGAUCUUGCUCGGAGUUCACGUUAUGCUGCUUUGAAUCUGGCAAUAGUACAUGCUCUAUUUGAACAUAAGGACGAAGCACUAGCUGCUUUGAAUGAAGCAAUAAUGGUUGCUCAAGAAGUAAAUGAUAAUGUCUGUCUUCAGUAUUCUCUGGCAUGGCUGUACAGAUUAACUGUUGAUAACAAAGAAAUUUUGAUUGAGAGAUCUAUUGCAAAAUCAACUGAACUUGGACUUUGGUGCUUAGCCUCUCUUGGCAUACAGGCCUUGACAAAGCUGAAAUCCUUCACUACUGCUCUGCCUGCAAGUGUUUUUGAUUUGUUAACAAAAAGUGAUGUCCAGAAUUGUCAACAUUCUAUGACUGAUAUGUUAGGUCCUGCUUAUACUUUACGGGCUGGAUUAUGGUCUUAUUAUGGACACAGCAUGAUGAUGAAUUUAGCAAGUCAAAUGUUGCUGUUUAUGAAUACUUCUGAUCCUGUUCGUGGUGGAGUAUAUCAUAUUGGAGAAGGUACUUGUCUAGCAUUAAGAAAUAUGGCAGUAUAUUAUGCUGCAGAGGGUCUUUUUAGUGAAUCUGCUAAAGUAUUAGUUUUAGCAAGAGAACUAUUCCCUCCUCAUUCUGAGUAUAGUAACAUAUGGCAACUAGCUGACUUAUUAAUCAAAUUUGAGAAAGCAUUAUUCCAUGGUAAAUGGUCAAAAGCUCAGCAGAUGCAGAAAGGUAUUUCCAUAUUUGAUGUGGAGGAAUCUCGUUUAAGAAAAGCACAGCUGUUCUUAAACCAAGGCAAUUUUGCUGAAGCUGAUAAAACACUUAAAAAGCUUCUUGAGGGGUGUGAAGCCUCACAUACAGUAGCUCCUCAUUUCUAUGUCAG